AUGGCCAUUGGCACAAGUUUUGUUAUCACUAAAAAGGGUUUAAUACAAGCGUCGGAAAGACAUGGUUUCGAAGGAGAUGGAUUUUCAUACUUGAAGAGCCCCAUGUGGUGGGGAGGAAUCGUUACAUUGGUUCUCGGAGAGGUUGCGAAUUUUGCUGCCUAUGCCUUUGCUCCCGCAAUUCUGGUGACUCCUCUCGGCGCUUUAAGUGUCCUGAUCGGGGCUGUUCUGGGGGCAUACUUCCUCAAUGAGCGGCUUGGAAUUCUGGGAAAGCUUGGAUGCGCCCUUUCACUCCUUGGUUCAGUCAUAAUUGUCCUUCACGCGCCUCCAGAUGAGGAAAUAGGAACUAUAGAUGAGAUCUUGCAUUAUGCACUUCAGCCUGGAUUCCUUCUUUACUGUACCUUCGUCGCUGUCUUCUCUACAGUUAUGAUAUAUCGGGUCUCACCAAAAUACGGCAAGAAAAAUCCACUUGUUUACAUCUCUAUCUGUUCCACCGUUGGAUCUGUCUCGGUCAUGUCGGUCAAAGCAUUUGGAAUUGCCGUGAAACUUACCUUGGACGGACACAAUCAGUUUACACACCCGUCAACCUAUGUCUUUGCUAUCGUAGUCGUCUGCUGCAUAUUGACCCAGAUGAACUACUUCAACAAGGCCCUUAGCCAGUUCUCUACCUCGAUUGUAAACCCGCUGUACUAUGUUAGUUUUACCACUGCUACCUUAUGUGCAUCCUUCAUUCUGUUCCGUGGAUUCAACACCACCAACAAAGUCAGCACCAUUUCUCUUCUCUGCGGCUUCCUCGUUAUCUUCUCCGGCGUCUACCUACUCAACCUGUCGAGGACAGAUCCCGAUGGCCGUUCUAUCGGCCGACCAGAUGACGACGAUGCUGUCCCAACGGAUGGAAUCGCAGGUAUCCAGACCCGUCGAUCGCUACAGGCUCGGAGAAGUGUCGAUCCGCACCGCCGUAGCUCUUCGAGCAUUGCGUAUUUCGGCGCGUCUAGUGACAGAGAAGGGCUCAUGCGAUCCUAUGAUAUCGAGAGUGGUGCUGCCGCAUUUGGACUUGAAGAUCUAACCGAGGAGCCUGACAAUGCCAGUGACCGUAGCAGCUCGCAUAAGGGGAAUGGCACAGCGGAACAUGAUCCAGAUGAUCCGGUCUCCCAUGUAAACGGGGUAAAGCCUUGA